UCAAAAAAGGUUCAGAAAAGAGCCAACACCAAAAUUUACACCCACAAAUUUCAAUGUCGACUUUGUUCCGUUUUCAUAAAGGAGAAGUAGUAUAAAGCUCAAGCUCAUGUAGACUCUCGUUUUUUAUUUCAUUUCUACCAUGUAUGUUAUUCACUCCAUUGUCGCAGCGUUACUGACAGCCCAUGUGGCUAUUGCGAACGUUUUACCAUCCGAGCCAUCACCUGGCACGGUAUGGACUUCAGGCAAAGAGCAUGUCAUUGAAUGGGGGACUGAUACCUUGGCUCCUACCCUGGAUGACGACUGGACCAACUUCACCAUAGGUAGGUGUUGUAAUAUGAUCAAUGGAUACCAAUGGGGUGAACUAAUGGCCUCUUAGAUUUCAUGACGGGGGACAAUAACAAGCAGGUGAAACUGGCCACAGUUGCUGCA